AUGACCAGGUUGAUCCCUAUCAUGGAAAACAACAAGAACUACCUGAGCCCGAAGACUGCAAUGCCCGAUGAUUUAAACUUGGACGGCGAAGAAAAAGACGAUAAGGAUGGAGAAACUGAAACUGAAAAUCCGUUUGAAAUCGACGCUAUGAAAGAAGCUUUACAAGAAGAGCAGAAAGAAAAUGAUGAUGAAGAUAAAGAUAAAGAUAAAGGAAAUAAAAAUGGUCUGGAAGUGUCCAGUGAUGAAGAAGGUGAAGGAAACGAUGCUGAACAGGUAGACUUAUAG